CGCAUCAUAACAACGUUUUCUAAAUAGAGUGCAUUCAUUACCCACGUGGACUUAGCUUGAAACUGUGUGUACAACUUUGUCUUUGGAGAAUGCAGAAGCUUCGUGUUGUGAUAAAGCCUAAACUGAGGCCGAGGGCAGCUCCUAAAGCAAGAGCGGUAAACCCAGCCCCUCAAAUGGUGGAUACAAUCAUCAUAAAACCGCAAUCCAAGCACCCAGCUCUGACACAAUUGGGCAACUCUCGUGUGGUACACAGUUUCUCAGAGCUGUCUCUACGGUCUGACGUGGUAGCAGCUCUGGAGGGGUCAGGGGUCAGCCAGCCCACUGUCAUCCAGAUGCUCGCUAUUCCAAAAAUUGCACGAGGAAAAAAUGUCCUUAUUGCCUCUGAAACUGGUUCUGGUAAGACGCUGACUUACCUUGCUCCUCUAAUUAGUCGGCUACGAGAUGAAGAGGAAGUGUGUGGUCUUGUCCCUAGAUUGAGACGCCCUAGAGCUCUAAUCCUCCUGCCAUCACGAGACCUGGCUGCUCAAGUUCUGAGUGUUGCCAAGUCACUUUGUCAUAAGGCACGAUUCAGAGCAGUGGGGCUAAUCGGAGGAGUCAAGAGGAGGUUCAUCAAAGAUGCCCUCCUUCAUCCAGUGGACCUAGCUGUAGCCACACCUAGUUCUCUUCUGCGCUAUCAGAAAGAGGAGCGACUGUGGUUGUCUGAUCUCUCCCAUCUCGUGAUUGACGAGGCAGACACACUAUUUGACAGAUCGUUCAUCGAAGAAACGCUCAAAGUCGUCAAUACAAUCAAACUUCGCAGUACGAAACCCUCGGCUGUCCCUGUAAUUAGUGAGGAUGCACAGGUCACUGUAGUGGGAGCUACUCUCUCCCAACCUGUAGUCAAGAAGAUUGAGUCACUUGUCCCGAAUUUGAAAAAAGUGAGCACCAAACAUGUGCACCAAAUCCUUCCGAAUAUUCAACAAACUUUCAUCAGAACUGCACAAAAUGAAAAAGCAGAGAAACUUGUGUCCCUGAUAGAAGACUACCCAACGGAUGUGUUUAUGGUAUUCUGCAACACUGUAUCAUCGUGUGAUUGGACAUCUCGUUAUCUCAAAGAGCACAAUGUAUCAGUGGUUAAACUACACGGAGGAUUUGCUCCACAAGACAGACGACAUCUCCUGAGGGAGUUUUCCGAGGGCAGUGCUCGAGUGUUAGUGAGUACAGACAUUGCAUCUCGUGGCAUCGACUCCACCAGUGUGAAUCAUGUGGUACAGUUUGAUUUCCCCACCAACUUACCUGAUUACCUCCACCGCGUGGGGAGGACGGGACGUGUGGGCUCUCUAGCCAACAGCUGUCGAGCUACUGCCUUCAUGACUCAUCGCAGGGACAUUAGAAUGGCCUGGAAGAUCAAGGACGCUGCAGACAGACAAGCUGAUGUAUUGGACAGCAAGUCGCUGCAAGCUGACACACAGAUACUGUUACCUAGGAAACAACACAAACUAGCUACUGUUGGCUAACUCCAUUUAUAGAAUAAUGAUUAUCUUCUAAUUCCAAUUUGCAACAGCAACUGUUCAGAAUCAUGAAAGGUUAAAAAUAAGUUCAUAAAGUAAGAACGUAACAUGACAGAAGCGGUUAUUGUACAUAAAAUGUUCAGAGUUCUG